AGCUACCUAAUUACUACUGUGAUUAUGUAAUUCAAGAUAUGAUCUCAUCACUGAUGACUGAGAAUUUUAUUUUAAAUAAUGGUGGUAUGUAAAAGGUGUUAGAUUUAAAUUUUACAAAUUUUUAUGAUCAUUGAAACGUGGUUACUAGAUUGUCAAAGAAAAUUUGGAUACAAGUAUGUACUGUGCAAUAAUUUUGUGUAGUACGUACUGUUUUGGUAAAAAAAUGUAUUGUGAAAUUUUUCUCAUUAGUUAGUGAAUUAAAAAUUCCAGGUACAGUACUGCAAGUGAUCUCAGGACUGUGAUAAUAUUUUAGAAAACUUUGUUUUGAAUGUUGGUGAUGUAAGAAAACUAAUUAUAAUUUGUGGAAUUUGGAAGUGGAACAUAAUUUAUUGGAAAACCAGAACUUAUUGCUGAUUUACAGUUUAAAGAACUGUGUGUACUCUCUUGUACUUUGGUCAGCUUAAAAUUUUAUUUCUUGAAAAGUCAUAAUCACAGAAAAUUCAAAAUGUUACUAUAUGCUCGAAAAAAGUUUCUACGUGACGACCGAAUACUGCAGCUUGUGCUGCUGCUUAGCCUUCUUCGAGGAGACCCUGACAGUCUCUUAUUAGGCUCUGAUAAUGGAAACACACUACAUCAUUUACCCCAUGACCUUAUUCUGGGGUCCUCCCUUGGUCAUGCAAGGCCAUCAUCCCCGUCUUUCCUGAAUGCUGACCUUCAUCCUAAAAGUUUGGAUAGAAUGUUAGCAGAUUACCAGCGUUCAGUGUUGGAGGAUUUACAUGCUCUGGGGAGUUAUACGUCUUCCCAUCAUACACACACUGAAGUACAUGCUUACUUGCUCAAUUCGCAUUCAUCAGUGGCCUCACCUCCUUCAGCUGAUACCCCAGAACAUCAUCAUCAAGGCCCAGAAACACUACCAAAUAUAUUGCCUGAUCCACCUCCAGAAUCUGAAGUACCUGUAACUAAUGAUUUAACUCCUGAGGAUCUGGCACUCAUUGAAGCUUUGUGGAAGCAAGAUGUUGACCUGGGUGUUCCACGGGAGGUGUUUGAUGAGGACAGUCUUAUGGAAACAUUUUCUGGGCACGACACGAAGGACAAAGACCAUGGUAAAGAGCCAAAAGGUGACACCGAGUUUGAUGACAAAUCAAGUGAUGGGGCUUGGUUGCAGUUCAAUUUUACUGUUGAUUCAGAAACAGGAGAGCAUCUAUUGUCAGGUGAUAGUCCCAUCAGUGGAGGUGAUGUGACACUUGAUCCUGUGUCACCUCUUUCAUCGACCUUUCCCUUGUCUGAGACUGAGCCUGGUUUUAACCUUGAGUUCAAUCUUGAUGAAGCUCUGAAGCUGGUUGGACUUAAUAGCUCAGAAACUGGAGAGACUGUUUGGAAGUGCCUAGAUUCUGAUGAUAGCAGCAGUGACGAUUUAAAUGAAAAAUCUGUUGAAGAGGCCAAGAGAGAGGGGGAAAAUACUUCGGAUAUUUCAAGUGACAACCUGGACGACAUGAUCCAGGCCUCCCAGUUCCAGCCUCAGCACCCACGAGCAAUACAGGUAAACUACCAUAUCGUGUCGGGAGAAGACGCCGGGCGAAAGUAUGUGUGUGUGGUUAAGAAAUGGCGUCGAAUUCAGCCAUGUAUGGGUCGGCUGGGCAGCCUGGUCCGGAGUGGGGAAAUGGAGCGGUGGCAGGAGGUGGUACAGUACUUAGGGCUACCCAAUCCCCACCAAUCCCAGGCCCCACACACGCCCAUGGCCGCCCACACUGCCUCGCCCACCCACCCUCACGGCCACGCACCACCUCUUCAUCAUCCUCAAGCCCUUUACCCAUCUCACGACGCUUCCCCGACACCACCGACGCCACCAGUGCCCAGAGGAGUCCUCCUCAACAACGCCUCUCUGCCCCUACCUAUGUCCGACCCCAUGACGCAUAACAUCACUUACACCAACAGCAUGGGGGCUUCCAGUCAUUUAGUAACCAGUAGUAUGAACUUGACAAAUAGUUCAGACUUGGCUGGAAGUGACCAUAACCAGUAUAAGAUGGAAGUCAAUUCGUCUCUACCAACAGAAAUGAUGUAUUAUCAGAACUCAAAUUCAGAGAUGAAUCAGACUACUGAUGGUUUGCUGUCAUCAAUUUUUAAUGAUGAAGCUUUAAUGGAAAUGGCCAUGACUGACUACAGUGGGAGUCGAAACCAUAGUGGAGAUUAUAGUGGCAGUACUUAUCGAUAUCCUCCAGAAGAUCCGCAUCGAAUGCCUCCUGUUCCUUUAAAAAAGCAACACAAGUUUGGUCGAGAUAUAAGAUAUUUCCAUGAUAACUUGCCUCAUGGAGGGCCAGCAGGUGGUGUUAGCAGUGGAAGCAGUAGCAGUGUAGGAGGAGAUGUCAGUGGCUAUGGAAGCCACUAUCCACCCCCUCCAGGUAUUUCUUCUAUGGAGGGAGCAACUGCUCUAGACCCCUCAGAAAUGAAGUUUUCGUGUACAAUGGACUUCCGUUCACAAGGGGAGGUGUCUGGUACUGGUGUUGAUCAUGUCCAGCACAAUCAUACAUACCACUUGCAACCUGAGGGAACAUCAGGUCUCACUCGUCCUUCUGCUCGUGAUAAACAAAGAAAUAAAAAGAAUGAACACGAGAGAACUUUAUCUAGAGAUGAAAAACGAGCUAGAGCGAUGAAUCUUCCAAUCACCUGUGAUGACAUUAUUAACCUACCCAUGGAUGAAUUUAAUGAAAGGAUUUCCAAGUAUGAUCUAACUGAAGCCCAACUGUCUCUCAUUAGAGAUAUUCGCCGACGUGGCAAGAAUAAGGUGGCUGCUCAGAAUUGUAGGAAACGUAAACUGGACCAAAUAUUACAUCUUGCUGAUGAAGUGAAAGCAAUUCAGACUCGCAAGAAUGAAUUGUGCAAUGAAUUUGAAUUCCUCAGUUCAGAACGAACACGUAUAAAACACAAGUUUUCCUUGCUCUACAGACACAUUUUCCAGAGUUUGCGUGAUCCAGAUGGAAACCCAUAUUCACCACAUGAGUACUCUUUGCAGCAGUCUGCUGAUGGUAGUAUCCUCCUUGUACCAAGGAGUAGUCAUUCCAUGGACCCAGGAUCCAGUAGUAAAACCCGCGGAAAGGAGGAUGGGAAACAGUGACCAAUGUUGGUUAAAGUGUUUAGUGAUUGUCUCCCUUUAAGAGAAAUUAAUGUCACGGUUUAAGGGAGAACCUUUCUCUGGAGCACCCUUACUCUAUAACAAAGUCAUUAGUAUAAAAUGGAUUACUGUUUGUAGAUGGUUUGAGAAAGAUCGGUUUUGUUAAAGUUUUGAAAUUUUAAGGGUUUAAAAGAAUUCCUUUGGGUUUUGGGAGCAUUUGUUAUGGCACUCGACAUACAGGUAAUUAUGAUUAAGCAUGAAGUGUGUUUUAGAAUUUUGCCUUGUUUUCUCUUCAGAAAGCAAAAACAGCAAGUAUUAUUAGUGGCUUCUUUUUUCCUAUAAUAGGGAAAAAAUCAUGGCAUGUUUGUUUGUGCUGGUUGCAGAACUCAUGAGCUUACCUACUUAUUAUAGUCAUCUGUGCAUGAAUAUUAAAUUGAUUUAAUAUUGACAUUUUCUGAAUGCACAGCAGCCCUAAGUUUUGUCCACUGACCAUGGAAAAAUGAUAAAUUAUUGGGAAUUAGUGUCAAAUGUUCUUGGUAAUACAGUAAUGUUUCUUUUAACUGUACACAGCCUAAGAGAUUCUUUCCUUGAGUAACGAGACCUUAAGACUCACCAAAUCUUUCACAGAUUUAAUUGCAAACAAAUGUUACUUUACCAUAUGUAUAUUGUACUGUGUACAUUCUUACAUAAUUAGUGUAUCCUUUUUGUAAGUCUUCAUGGUGCCUAGAAAAAAAUGCAGUCUGAUGUUAAAGAAUCAAGCACCAUUUUUGACUUGCUAAAUGAUAUCAAUAUGAACAUAAUUAUAUGUCCUAUUGAGGUAUAUCCUAUGGUGCUCUUAUGGUCCUGUAAAAGAUAGAAAUUAUUUUGGUAAACUAGGUUAAUGGUAAUUUUAAUAAUUAUGAAAGUAAACCUGGUAAUUAUCACCUUGUGUAUGCAGAGUAGUUGGUCAGUGAGUGCGAUACACAGUAGGUGAGGGUAAAAGAUAGUAGAGAAUUUUUCCUCAAGUAAAAUUUAAAUUUUUGUUAGGAAUGAAUGAUUGAAAAGUUGUAACAGUUAUUUUUGUAGAUUAUAUGCUGUAUUAUUAAUUUUGUUCAUAUUAAUUACAACCCCUCUUAAUUUACUUUACUAAAUGCCUGGCAAGGCCAAAUGAAAAAUGCUGAAUAUUUGUUAAAAUGAACAAUAUUAGACAGUAGCUGGAGGCCUCUUCCCCUUCUUGGCUAUCAAAUGGCUUUGUUGUUGUUUGUUUCCAGGCUUAUUUCUCUACAUUUUUUUUUUUUUUAUCACAACUGGAUGCAAGUAACUGUGUGCUUCAUUAUAGCCCAAGAACCUUUUAACUACUAACUUGGUAUCUUAUUGCAAUCUUAAGAACAAACCUUCCAGACUAGCUAGAGUGAGAUUAGCCUAUUUUAACCAAUUUUUUUUAUUAGUAAUUGGCAUUUCAUGCCAUGCUUAAAAAAGGGGAUUUCUACGAACUAUUGACCAUUAUCCUAAAUUAUAGUUGAAAUUGCUCUGACCACAAGUUUUACCAGAUCUAGCAAGAGAUUUUUACCCUUAGCCAUGAAAAAGCCUUCAUAAGAUUGAUUAUGGCAAUUUCUGCACAUAAAAGAAAAAAUAAAUUGUGACAAAGAAAACCUCAAGAAUUGAGAAUUGUGGAACUUCCUAACAGCACAAGCAAAGUAUUUACAGUAAUAUAUCUCAGCAUUUAAGGCACUGGCUUUGAAAGUGCAAACACUGUUAACUAAUACACUGCUACAGUGACUUGUUCACAAAUCACUACAAAAACAUAAUAAUGAAGUGAAUGAAAAUGAAAGAUAUAUUACAACCAUAAAGCCAAAGCAACAAUGGUGCAAGCUUGAGAGAGAAAAACACCUAAAGUCUACUCAAAGCAAAGCGCGCACACAGAUUAAGUAGGGCACAUUGAGACACUGGAGUUUGGUCUGGGUAUGCACAGUGGCGUCUUAUCUUUCAAGAUCUAUCAAGUGGCUGCAACUAAAAAGGUUUGCUUGGACCAUAGAUAUGCCUAUUAAAGAACAAUUAAUUAAUUUACUAAUAGCAAACUCAACCGGUGUGCAGAAAGUGAAAAAAAAUUUUGCAAAGAAAUUACAUAUAUAACAUGCAAGCUUUGUACAUGCUUAUGAAUAAUACUAGUAUUAACUUGAGCUUCAUGUAAGCUUCUCAACUUAGCAAGUGUAUGGCUCUUAGGACCCCUUUUCCAGUGUUCAUUUUCAGUUUUCAGUCUGUAAGGGUUAACUGGUCUUCAAGAAAUAUAGUUCAAGGCUAGGCAACUUAAACUUGAAGCAUACAAGCAAGCAACUGCACUUAAAACAACUUGUGGAGUUAGCCAUCAACCACAAUCAAAUUGCCUUGACUCCAAUAUUAAAUAUCCAGUCAGGGAGACCUUCAAGGUGGUCAUUAGCUAAGGAUAUGAAAAUUCAUAUCUUCGUAUUUAAGUUCUUUACUUCAUCCAAGUUACUUUUGUUUUUCCCUCGAUGUCAUCUUCUUAUUGACGAAGCACAAAGGGCAAACAAACUUUGAAUCAACAACUAGUACACAUUGUUUGGUUGGAAUUUCUUAAUUGUUGCUAAGAAGGGUUUAUGAUCAAUCACAUUGCUUGGUUGGAAUUUCUUAAUCAUUGCUGUGAAAGGGUUAUGGUCCACCAUCAAAGAAAAAUAUAUUUCCUUUUUUUAGCACCACAUCUGACUGAAUAGCCUCAAUACUGGUAGUCAUACUGAAGAAAAGGAGAAAUCCCAGCCUUGGAUUGGAUAAUGAGAGACAAUGCAAAGGGAGUUGGGUUGUUGGGAAAGAACCUCAUAAUAUCUACAUACGUAUUCAGUUUGAUAAGGAAUGACAAUUUCAACUAACAUACCCAAAACAUUUGCCCAAGUCACAUAUACUUCUGCUAAGUGAAACUGUGUUGUUUCCACAAAUUACUUUUUUUUCCCUUAGCUUUCAAUUUGCAGCAAAUCAACUAAUUUAUUCAUUAGGAAUUUUGUCAUGAACAGAUGAUUAAGUACCUUAUAGUGUAAUCUUGGGAUUUUCUAAAACUCCAGAAAUGGUACUUUUUUCAUGUAAAGAAAUUGGUGCCUGCUGAUAGUCAAGCACAUGGAUGAGACUGCACAAAGCUGCUUUUACUGGUUUUCAAAUUUCAACACAAAUGCCUGAAUAAUGGCAAUUUAUCCAACAGAUGACCCAAGUCUUUUAAAACAUUCCUCCUCUUCUUCUUCCUUAUAAGAGCAUGGUUUGACAAGUUUCAUUUCAAAAAGGUAUGGAGUUAAUGUUACUUAGUUCCACAAUUCUGUCCCCCCCAACUGAAAAAAUGCUCUAACUUUGCUACUUAUACUGGCAGGUCUGUCCAGGGUAAUUGUCAAAUUUCAAGUGCCUACUCUUCUAACUAGAUUUUCAUUUAUGGGUAUUCUACAAAAACUCUGUCUGAUGUCUAAGCUAGAGCUUUUACUGCCAACCAAAAGCCUUGUUUUCUAGAGAAAAAGAAAAUUUACAUAUAUGCCAUCAGGGAUUCAUGUGAAUGUGCCAAGUUGUUGCUGCAACUUAGUUUGAAAAACAGAAUGCUGAAAAGCUUAGUACAGAAAAUGGAAUACGGAAUAAACUGAAAAAAGAAAAAAAUUAUCAAAGCAGUUACAAAAAAAUAAAAAGUACAAUGUGAUUCAUACGAGGCUGUCAACAAAAAUUAUUUGCACCAAGUUCAAAUAUCUGACCCAGCUAUUGGGGUUGGAAGAAAAAAAUUUUACAGCCUAAGGGUGCCUUUCAAACAUAACAGAUAUGUAUCAAAAUAGACCACAGCUGUGACCAUUUCUUUCAUGUGGCAUGGUUUCUGGAUAGGCAAGUAAAUUACAAAACUACAUGGGGCAAUAAAAGCUUUUAAAUCCUUACAUAGUUAUCCAAAUACUUUACGGUACACACUUUCUUCAGUAAACAUCAGCAAUUAGGUUAUUUUCAUAUUAUAUCCACAACCCUAGAGUAUACAUAUAGAGUAACAAACUGCAACAAAAUUCCCCAAGAAUAUCAUGAUUCUUUACUUUUCAUGUAACAGAUUUUAUCUGCAUUAAGUAGCCGAUUGGACUUGGUUGGAAAUGGCUGCUUAAACAAAUAAUAAUAAUAAAUGUGCUGACAGAUGGAGAGUGAAAUUAAAACCUCUUCCACAUAUGAGGUAGGGAUAAUAUUUUGUGGGAAAAUAUUUUUACUUCAAGGCUCCAUAACUGCCUUUUUGCUCUUUUCUGCAGGACCUACAAAUUUGUCUAGGAGCCAUAUUGGAGUCUCAAUAACAUUAAUGUCUUGGAAGCGAGUAAAUGGCACUUGGUCUUUGCUGGAACUUACUGAUGGCAGCAACAAAUGUGUGGACACUUUCCAACAAUUUAUACUGUUGGAUGAACAGUCAGCUGCUUUUUGCCAUUUUCUUUAGCAACUGCAAAUCAGUGCAUCCCUAACAGCUUUGUUCAGCAAUUAGCCUUUGCUAUGUUAAGGUAUCUUGUGAGUAAAAUAAUGUCAUAACAAGCUAACUUGUCUGACACUACUGAGAAAGGUAAAAGGCAAAAAUGCCAUAGAUAAUGGAACUCUAUACCAAGUAGGGAAUCUUCAUGGAGAUAGUUUUUUUUUUUUUUUUUAUAAAAUACAUACCUCUGGUUUGCAAGCUGUCAAGACAUAAGAGCAUUUGACAGCAAAUCUAAAGUCUCCUAAUGUUAGAGUUCUUGGCUGUUGUCAUGUUUCUUUUGUUUUUUUAACACGUAUUCAGCCCUCCUGUUUGUCCUUCUUACUAGCUAUUUAGGUAAAAGUGAGAGGUUUGCUAUCUGUGGAACAAGAAUGUUUAUUUUUUUUACUUUUUUCAAAAAUUAGUUUUAUUUCUUAAAGAAACUGCUUGUGACCAAUUAUGAAUCAUGUAUAUGAGAAAGAGUAAUAUCCAUUUUAUGUAAUAUGUCUGAACAAUAUUUUCUGUCUACUCUUAAUCGUUGGUUAUUUUUGUACAUCCUUAAUGCAUUUUCAAUAUAUUUAUCAAUCCUUUCAUUCUCUUACAGAAUAAAUAAAGAAAAACUAAAUUAUGCCUCAGGAAGUGUAGUAGAUCAAUUAAUGUGAAGCUAAUCCUUAACAAGAUUUAAUGACUAACAUAAGUUUACAAAGCAUUUACAGUGUGCAAUAUAUUGUUUUUAGUUUCAUCAGAAUGCAAGAAAUCUUGCACUCUCUCUCUCAAAUGAAAGUUUAGUGAACAGUGAUAGCAUGUUAGGCUUCAUAAUUUUACUUAUGAAAUCUUUAAUCAGUAGUACUUUGUGAUUACAUUUGUGUAUGUGCCAGGACUAAAGACACAAGCAUGGCUUUGCUUAUUUAUAUGUAUUUGUACAUCACCCAUAAAGUCUAUUUUGAAGCUUCUAUUUUCUCCAUAAAUAUUUGUUAACAUGAGUAAAUUGUCAUGCUUUUCGACUGUGCAGAAAAAUUAUUUGAAUGAGACCCAACAGUUCUUUAAAUAUGCAUUGACAACCUUUAAACUAGAUGCAUUUUCUCUUCAACCAAGAUCUAGACUAACAUUUAGCUGACCAGGUGUACAAAUAUAUUUUCUUGAAGUUCUUGAACCUACAACAGUAAAACUUACCAUGUUGGGGCCCAUAAGCUACCUCAAAUUUUACAUCCCAACAAGUGCUUAGGCUUUAUCAAUACUCUUCUGUCAGGUACUAUUGUCCAGUUACCUAGAACAAUCCUUCACAUAGGUAUGUUAAAGAUUUUAUUCUGUACAAGCUGCAAGAAAUGGCCCUCUCUAUAUACUGUACAUACAUGCUGCAUCAUUUUCUUCAGUACUGAAUAAUUAAUGAAAUAUUGGAAUAUUUUUUUUUUAAAGUUAUCUGAACUGAUGAUUCAUGCAAUUUAUUAAUUAUAAACAUUUCUACAACACCUGGUAAAUAUAUUAAUCAGUUUAAUAAUUCUGAGCUUAUACAUUUGUACAUUAUUAUUGAUGUUCAACAGUUUACUAAUCCAGAUCAAAAAUAUGUGUAUGAGGUUCAUGUGGCUUCUAAAGUUUGCCUAUUAGAUAAUAUAAGGAUUUUAUAGUGAUACUUAUUGAUUUUUAUCCCUACUCUUACUCUAAAUAAAAGUAGUUUUACUUUUCACUAAAUAGGUCUGGAUUCUUUAGAAUAAGUUUCUUUCCAUCACAAGGAGAAUAGAAGUGACUAAUCUCUUGUUGUCAGUCCAUAAUUCAGUCAUUAGUGUGUUAUUUACAAAUACAGUAAUAUAUGAAAAGCUUCCUAGAGGCCAUCUGUCCAUAAUUCUUUAUUUUUUUUUAUAUUGGUUAACUUUUUGAUGCCGGUAUAUAAAACCCAUCUAUGACAUGCAUUACACUGAGGAUUUUGACUAAGAGUAGAAUCUUAACUGUGAGCUUUUGUUACUAAAUUUCUUACAGGCAAGGUGAAGAUAUGGAGGUUUCAUCCUGCCAUUUGUGAACUGGGUUUUUUCCUUGACAUGCCUCGUAUUUAUGAGCUUAGAAAUUUAUACUGAACUCUAAAAGGCAGAAAAAAAAAUAAAAAUAAACUGCACCGUACCUUGGUUGUCACCUCUAUACAAUAUUGAUGUUGCUUAUACAUUUACAGUUGAAAGACAUCAAAGUAAUACGAGAUCAGUGCAAAAACAGAAAUUAAAGAAAUUCAGUGGAGACCUUCUCUGUAUAAGGAGCUUUGCAACUAAUUACAGUAUUAGAGCAUGGCAACUACUCGACAGCUCACAAACAUCUGUCAGGCUUUAGGGUUGGUUACUCUUGAAUCAACAGAUUGGGAAUGCACACAGGAAUUCAGAAGUAGAGAUGAUAUAAUUUGUCAUUACUGAAGAUGAUACUUAGGGCUUUGGUGGAGUAAACUAUUCCAACUGGUUUUGGUGCUAUCUUGGAGGGAGAUCAGGAUUGUACAAAUCAUAAUGUUUUUGUCAGCUAUCAUCCAGAUGUCCCAUAGAGCUUGAAAUUACAGGUUUCCUUAUGUCAGCGAUGUCAUUGGACAUUAUCAUUCUGUGACCUUGCCUUAAACAAUGUCCUUUAGAAACAAUGCCCUCUCAUCCCUUUUGGACAAUCCCUGAUCAAUUAAACUUUAUUUCUCCAUGUGUAUUGGUACUUGGUACGAAACAAGUUGUAAUGCCCUUGUCACAGUUUUUUUUUUUCUUUUAAGUCUGAAGCCAGAAGAUUGCCAGCUUUCUCUGUGAAGUACCUCUCUUGGCUGCAAAGUGUUCCAAAUAUUAAGGUCAGUAAAUUAAUCUUGAUGCUUGCCACAUCAUGAUAUUGGGUAUGAAUUUCAGACCUUUAUUCUAUUCCGGAUAAGAUGGGCAGGCACUCUGCAACCAAAAUGUCAUCCAAUAUGAGGAAGCUUGCAUUUUAUGACUUAUGAUGGCUUUUCUUUUAUACAAAUACCAUUGUUUCUUAUGAACAUCUUUGUGUAUAUGAUCGUAGUCAGCAUUGUAUACAGGGACUGAUAUCCUGAACUUUCUCUUGUGACAAGACAAUAUUCUAUCUAACCUGCCUGGUUAUUGUUAGGGUUGGCCUCCCUAUAGUCUAUUCAUCAUUCUAAGAUCGCUAGGGUAGGGUCAGAAAAAGAAUACAGCUCUGCCAGAUCUAUUUAUCCUUUUAAAUCACACCCUAAAGGCUAAUCCCUUGUUUAUGACUUUACCUGAGAUCUGUCAUUUCCUGUACUUCAACAAGUAUAUUUUGGUUGUUCUUAAUAAUUUUCAAUUGUGUGUCAUUUUUGGAAACAACAAUUAUAGUUUUUAUAAAAAUACAACUAGGUGUUUAAUACUUAACACUUAAAAUUUGUUUGGGUAGUUCUGCAGGAUAGGCCUUCCAAGCCAUUUUAUUAUUGUCCCUAUUCUAUUUUAGCAGUUAUUUAUGGGUUAUGUGACUGCAUUUUUUCAGUGCCUCUGCAGGCUACAUAAGCUACGUAUUAUCAUUUAAAAGAAAAAAUAAAUUGCCUUUAGUUACAGGGGCCCCUUGUUUCUUUAAUAUGAAAUAUUUUAAAAUGUUAUAAAACAGUUUACUUGACCUGGGAGUAAAGAUGUUGGCGAUAGGGAGAAUUGAUCCACUUUGGGUAUCCCUUGUGCUAUCAAUACUGUCCAGUGACUCACACUGCUUGAGGUGACAAAUACUGUUAUUGUUUUAGACUGACCUAGCCAUUUAAAUGCCUUCAGUGACCAUGUGUCUGGAAACUGAGGUUUGGCAGACGCUGCCAAAAAUUAUGCCUGGUUUGUACAUAUGUUUCAAUCUCACUUAAUGAAAAAUUUUUUUUUUUUUUUUUUAUUUUUUUUUUUUUUUUUAAUUUCACUUGAGCAAGCUCUUAAGUCAAAACUUUUAAUCAUAACCAGACAUUUGACACCACUGUAUUCUUUUCCUGGCCCCACCCUAGUGAUCUUAGAAUGUUGAUCAGACUAGAUAGUUAAAAACUGGUCUCUAUUAUAAAUACGUCAAUCCUCAAAUAUAAGUUCUCUGCAUAUACACUGUUUUAGUGAAUGGCCAGGUCUGCACUGUAACACUUUGCAACCCCCCUUUACAUUACCUAAUUUGAAUUUAAUACAAUACCUUACAAGCCAACUACUUCUAACAUUCAAAUUUUCUGAUAAGGAGAGAAACUCACUCACUCCUAAUAUGGGUUCCUAAAAUGCCAAGCCCUCAACCUUUUCAUGUUUGUACCUCCUGUUCAUGGCAUCAUCAAGGUUUGUUAUGUUGCCAUUUUAAGUGAAUAUCUCAAAAUGUCUUAAACUUUUCUUGUGGCUUGGUAGCUUUCAAACUUUCUGCCUCUUGAUGACAUUGGUAUGGGUCUUUGGUUCCAAUACUCCAUUACACCACUGGGAAAUGCUCCCUUUUCACACUUCUUGAUAGUUUAUGUGUGGCAAUUAAUCAUUCCCUUCGUAACCUUUUAUUUACUGUAGACAUCUUGACUAAAUAUCAAGAGAAAUAGAGCAGCAAUAAACAAUGUACAUGAACCGAGAUUUUCUGAUACUGCAAAUUCCUCAAGUCAAGUACCUCACUGUGUGGAUUCUUGGUGAAAGCAGUCUAUCAUACUGUAUGGAAUUUCCCUCUAAGAAGUAGCGGAUGAGAUGAAUGACAGUACUGUACCGCUGGACUCUGCCAUGUGCACACCAUGUUGAUUCAUAUAACAUACUACAUCAGCCCAGAUGUAAUAGACUUUUUGAGCUAUAAUCUGGUGAUCUAAAGGAUCAAUAGCAGAUUUAUUGAUGUAAAUUGAGAGUUUGUGAUUUAUAUAAGAGUUUGUGAUUUAUAUAAGACUGUUGUUUCACUUCAAUAAACUUUUCAUUUUGGAGUUUAUCGGUUUUUUUUUUAAAUCUAAUUUUCUUCAAUUUACUUCUUCAAUGAUGAAGCACAAAAGUAUUGAUCAUGUUUGCUCUAUAAUGCAUAAGGAAUGUCAUGUCGCUUCAUGUGAUGGUAAAGGAGCUCUAAUUAGGAAAUAAAACUGAAGAAAUGCUUUAAAGCAAGAUCUUAAAAAAUUUUUGUAUUUAUAUCUAAUUUUUCUGUUUUGAAUGUACAGUUUUUGCUUAUUCUUGUUAAUCAAAUAUGGUAGAAGCCUGUGAGAACACUUGUGGAAGGGAAGACAGAUAAUUCUGGUACGUAUAAUGUUACUCUAGUGUGUAUUGACCAAAAAAAGUGAUACACACGGUAACCGUUGUGGUGUGCAUCUGGCUUAACUAGCACAGCUUGUCCAGUCACUAACUAGCCUAGCUUGUCUUUAUCACUUAUGAGGAAAUACUGGUACCAAUAAUUAUUUUUAGUCUUAGCAUCCCUGAUUCUUGUUUCAUCCUAUGGAAAUUUUAUGCUAGUUUUAGUUCUGUUCAGUACAAUUUUAUUCAGUUGAUUUAUCAAGUAUACUGGUUGGGUAAUAUAUAUAUAUGCACUUACUGCUCAGACUUCUCAUUUCCCCCUUUUGAAUAGGGAAGUAUUGAAUUUAUUGAUGUACAUAUUUAUAACAAUUUAUUAUCAAAAGGGUGACCUCUUGUGUGUGAAACUGUUUGUUUUCAGGUUUGUACAAAGUGUAUCCCAGUGGUUAGUGCGAUCCAAAAGUGCUUUUGAUGUAGGCUAUAUAACUUUUUCUGUUGAAAAAGAACGUAGAAUUAAUGAGGCAGAGUAUAAAAUAUGUUUUAGUAUUUAUGUCCAGUAUGUGAAUCAAUUUUGGAUUUUUUCCACCCCAGAUUCAACUUCCUUGAAUUUUAUAAAAUACUCUACUACAAGAGUAUAUUUCUCCACAUUGUUACUUAAAGUGUAAAAAAAACAGGCAUUAAAUUUUUAAGUAAAUCA